AAAUCUCCCACAACCUUCUUCCUUCUCAUUCUAUUCCACUCAAGAUCAAAAGAUUCCCUUUCUCUUCUUUUUCUUGUUCUUUCUCUAUAAAAACCCCACAAAUCCCACCCCCUCUCUUUUGAUUUCCCCUAAAAAAAAUGGCCAAUGAAGAAGGAAACAGUAACAAUCCUUCAACAAACAACCUCAGAAUCAUCGUAGAAAGGAACCCUUCUGAAGCCAAGCUUUCUCUGCUCAACAUCCAGAGCUGGCCGAAGUGGGGCUGCUCGGCGGGGAAAUACCAGCUGAAGUUCGAGGCAGAAGAGACGUGCUAUUUGGUGAAGGGAAAGGUGAAGGCUUAUGCCAAAGGAUCGGCUGAGACUGAAUAUACAGAAUUCGGGGCUGGUGAUUUGGUCACCAUUCCUAAAGGCCUUAGCUGCACUUGGGAUGUUUCUGUCGCUGUUGAUAAGUUCUACAAGUUUGAAUCUCCAUCUUCAUCUUAAUUUGCUAUUUCUACUCCUUCGUGUAAAUAUAUUCUUUUUAUUUUUACUCUUAUUUCGUCGUGUGGUCGUCCUCUUCUCGAGUAACAAGUUCGACAAUUAAGCAGUAAAAAUAUUAGUCAAUUCACAUAAAAUAUGUG